AUGGAUCCAGUUGAGUAUCUUUCGCAAGUGCGCUUUCAUCAGUCAAUCCAAUGUAGGCGAACGCAUUCUCGCGUCACGUUCGCCCUCGGUGGCAGUGGCUGGGAUUCGGCCGUGACGAGCAAGUACGGCACGAUCAACGCAGCCGGCUCCGGCAAGGAUGCAUAUCAUCACCAAGGUCCGCUGUUGCUGUAUCUGCUUCCCUCUGGCUGCAGUCGACUGCUCGGCAUGAUCCUUGAAGGCAUCUGUCGAGAGUCCAACGUCUCGAUCCUCGCCAUCGAUCGACCAGGCAGUGGCGGCACAACAAUGUGCCCGUUGGAGAAGCGUAUCCAGACUGCAACACAGCAGACUCUCAGCGUGUUCGAGGCACUGCAACUCGAUCGACCCGGUAUGCCGCAGCUGAGGCUCCUGAGCCACUCUGCCGGCUGGUUCUACACUCUUGCAUUGCUCCAAGCGGCACCGCAAUACUUUGCAAGACAAGACUCACCGCUCAAAGUUGUCUUGUCGUCGCCGUUCGUACCAACAAGCCAGUCGUCGAGCACGACGCUGUCGCUGCUGCCAAAGGGUCUCGUUGCGCUCACGCCAAAAGUGAUGCCCUUCCUUGGUCGCAGCAUGAACUGGUCCACAGGCAUAGCCGACGACAUUGCGAGUGUAGGCAAAGGCUGGGUCGCCUGGUCCAGCGCUGACGUCGAUCCAGCCCAGUUGCAGGAGCAAAAGCGAGUAGAGCGGGAGAAGCUCGACCAGAAGAAUCGCGAGGUGCGAGCGCGAAGCAAGCAGAAGCAUCCCCGUGCUCGCUUUCAUCCUCCGUACGAGUCGCAUCUCAAGUUUGGCCUGGAUGCGUGGAAACACAUCGAACACCCUGCCGACAUGACACCACGCCAUCCCAAGACGGGCCGGCGGCUCAAAACAGGCGGCGAUCUGUUGUUCGACUACGUCCAAGAAGAAGGCUCGAUGGCCGGCAUGUGCGAAGACUAUCAGCUUUGCCUGGGCAAUGCGCCAUGCCUGAACAACGAUGCGCUCACACACUGGAUAGUCGAAGCACUUGACAAAGUGCUCACCAGCGUCGUGUCACUUUCGAGCCAGCCUGUCCAGCUGGUAGUGGUCUGGGGCGACGCCGACUUUCUCAUCCCUCGCAAAGGACGUGACUGGUUGGAUUCGGUGCUCAAGCCACACGAAAGAGACAGCAAGGUCAAGUAUGAGCGAUGGGACAUGGCGGAAGGUGGACACGACUCCACGCUCUUUUCGGAGGAUGUCAUGAACGAUGUGCUUGCAUUCCUGACCGGCGCUGCAGACUAG